AUGCAACGCAAGGCUUAUAUAUACAGUCCAAAGCUUGAAGAGGCUUCUUGUGAGGGAAAACCAAUUAGGGAGAUAGAAAUAAUAUUAACCUCAUAGAGAUAGAGAUAGCCAAAAAUGGGUGAUCUUGAUGAAGUUAGCUCUGCCCCUAUAACACCAAGACCGCCAAUCUCAGCUCCUCCAUCCCAAUACCACUCCCCGUCGUUGACGCGCUCCCCGCUCCUCUCCACCGCCGCUGAUGGUAUCGAAACUAGCAAGACCCCCAGGAGUUCAACCCCCAAAACAUCAACACCAAGAACUGGGACACCAAGAAUUAGAACUCCAAGGUUCAUUACCCCAAUUGGCAGUCCUAUUAGAAGAGCACUUAGGCUCACUAGGCUUGACCCUGAAGAUGCUUGGCUUCCAAUCACUGAGUCCAGGAAUGGCAACGCUUACUACGCUGCGUUUCACACGCUCUGUUCCGGUAUUGGAUUCCAGGCACUGGCUCUUCCUGUUGCCUUCACAAUUCUUGGAUGGGCAUGGGGAGUCAUUAUAUUGACUCUGACUUUUAUAUGGCAGCUUUACACUCUAUACAUACUUGUUCAGCUCCAUGAAUCUCAUGAAACUGGCAUGCGUUACAGUCGAUACCUUCAACUCUGCAAUUCCACUUUUGGUGAAAAGUUAACCAACUGGCUAGCCCUGUUUCCGAUCCUAUACCUCUCAGGAGGCACAUGUGUUGCUCUAAUCGUGCUUGGAGGCCAAAGCUCAAAAACAUUCUUCCAGGUUGUGUGUGGAGAGGGAUGCACACUCCAUCCACUGACCACCGCGGAGUGGUACCUGGUGUUCACUUGUGCUGCAGUGUUGCUCUCGCAGCUACCAAACUUGAACUCGAUCGCGGGUGUCUCGCUGAUCGGUGCUGUUACUGCUGUUGGGUAUUGUUCUCUGAUUUGGGUCAUCUCUGUUGCCGAAGGCAGACUACCUGGUGUUUCAUACGACCCUAUUCGCUCCGGUUCGUGGUUGAAAAGGUCUUUAGAGGUUCUUAAUGGGCUUGGAAUUGUUGCUUUUGCUUUCAGAGGCCACAAUCUCAUUCUUGAAAUUCAGGCUACGAUGCCUUCUGACGAGAAGCACCCGUCUCGUGUACCAAUGUGGAAGGGUGUUAAGGUUGCGUAUACAAUCAUCGCUAUGUGCUUAUUCCCUCUCGCAAUCGCAGGUUACUGGGCAUACGGCGGAAGGAUACCUAAAGCCGGUAUGCUAACAGCACUAUACACCUACCAUAGUCGAGACGCGGCGCAGCUUCUUCUAGGACUUACAAGCUUAUUCAUCAUAAUCAACGCAGUAAGCUCUUUCCAAAUUUAUGGGAUGCCCUUGUUUGAUGAGGGAGAGUCAAAAUACACAAAGAGAAUGAAGAAGCCAUGUCCAUGGUGGUUAAGGGUAAUUAUUAGGACUUUCACGGGCUUCUCCUUCUUCUUUGUGGCUGUGGCUUUUCCUAGCUUUGGAAGUGUUGCUGGGCUUCUUGGAGGGAUUACAUUGCCAGUUACAUUAGCCUAUCCAUGUUUCAUGUGGCUCAAGGUCAAGAAGCCCAAGGCCCAAGGCUCUAUUUGGUGGCUCAAUUGGGUUCUUGGUGUGGUUGGGUUGGGUCUGAGUGGGCUUUUGAUUAUUGCUGGAGUCUUUACUGUUAUUGAUUCCGGGAUCCAAGGAAGCUUCUUCAACCCUUAGUGAAGAAUGAAUGAAUUCAUAAGUGAAAAAUAAAUAAAUAGUUUUUAUUUUUUGUUGUAGAUUAAAUGUGGGAUUUAUUUUGAUAUAAUGGAACUUGAGACAAAUUUAUUUUAUUAUUCAUUUAUGUAAGCUCUCUCUGUAUCACUCUUGUAGUCUUGUUGGCAUAAACCUCAAGAUAAGCUUAGCUUAUAAGCUGUAAAUUAAGUUUGUUUUAUGAACCUCAAUGAAAUGUUUGGUAUGGUUUAUAGAAUGAUUUUUAUUGGAA